AUGGCAUACACAAAUCUCUCACUUCUUGCUCUCUGCAUGCUCCCAACAUUCAUCCUCAUAAUCUUCCUUAAACUCAUACUCCGUCCACACCCCACCAAAAUCCCAAUCAAAUCCCGCCACGUGUUCAUCACGGGCAGCUCUAGUGGUAUCGGCUUGGCUCUAGCGCGUCAAGCCGCAGCUGAGGGCGCUCUGGUCACUAUCUUAGCUCUGGAUUAUAACCUUGAAGAAGCCAAAACCUCUAUCAAACUCUCCACUGGUGCUGAUGUCAUUAUGUUAAAAGCAGAAGUAUGCGAUUUCGGAGCGGUUAAGGAGGCGGAUCAAGGUGUGUUUGUGGCAUAA